CUGAAAUUGAUCGCGUCCUAAAGAAAGUUUCUGAAGGAGUUGCAACCUUUGAAGAAAUAUUUGAAAAAAUCCAAGCUACCAAUAAUGCAAAUCAAAAAGAAAAAUUAGAACAAGAUCUCAAAAAGGAAAUCAAAAAACUUCAACGAAACAGAGAUCAGAUCAAAACUUGGAUAUCGUCAAACGAUAUAAAGGAUAAGCGCGCGCUUCUUGAUAAUCGAAAGCUUAUCGAACAGCAAAUGGAAAAAUUCAAAGCAUGCGAAAAAGAAAUGAAAACAAAAGCAUACUCUAAAGAAGGAUUAUUGCAAUUAACUAAGAUGGAUCCUAAAGAGAAAGAAAAGAUGGAGACAUGUGAAUGGCUGAAUAACAUGGUGGAACAGCUUGGUUUGCAAAUUGAAGCAGGCGAAGCAGAAAUAGAAAGUCUUCAGGUAGUUGUGAAAAAAGGACGAAAAGAUUCGCAGAAAAUUGAUCGACUGACGGAAGUCGAACGUGCAGUUGAAAGACACAAAUGGCAUACAAAUCGAUUAGAAUUAAUACUGCGAUUAUUGGAGAAUGGAAAUAUUCCCACUGAGAAGGUUAUUAAUAUUCAAGAAGAUGUAAAAUACUAUGUCGAAAGUAAUCAGGAACCAGAUUUCGCAGAAGACGAAAACAUAUACGACGAUUUAAAUUUAGAAGAGGAAGAAGAGCUAUACGGUAUCGCUAAUGAAGAUCAUCAAAGUAGUCACGAAUCAAUUAGUGAUGAACAACCAACACCACAAAAAGAACACUCUAGUCCAGUCAUCACAUCGCCUACCGUAAGGAUCAUGCCUAAACCUCCAACAACUGCAGCGACUGCAAUAAAAUCUCCUGGAUCUACUGCCUUGGAAAUUACACCAUCUCCACCUUCUUCGGAUUCUGUGUAUCCUCCACUGAAAUCCACAGCAGCACCUCGAACAUUAGCAGAGGUUGCAAGGGAACCGUUGGCAACAACUACUUCUUCAUCGCAACGAUAUCUUCCUGCGACUACAGCAUCUUCGGCAUCACAAGAUCCGACUACCGUUUCGAUACCUCAGGUAGCUACAGACCAGAGAAAUUCAUCAUCUUUUGCUGGCAAUACAGAAACCAUCAGAGAAAUUUCAAAUGAAAAUGUUGAGGCUUUGCAACAACAAUAUAAUGAAAUUCAGUGGAUGAAUCAUCUUUUGCAGCAACAACCAAAACAACAAAUCCGACUUUCACCACCU